UCUGGACCAGUGGCUCUUUCUGUCAGAAGAGCAAAGCAGUUGAUUUCCUUAUAUACAAUGGCACAAAAUCCAAACAUGACCCACUUGAAGAUAAGUGAACUGGUUGUGCUUCCUCCCCUCUGGAUAAGGUGUGACGGUUCUGAUCCUGAACAUACUUGUUGGCUUGGAGCUGAGCCUCUCAAAGCUGGCAACAAAAUCACGGGAAUCAAUUUUCAUAUGGUUACGUGUGAUGGUCCUACAGCUGAUAAAACCUGUUUUGCAAACCUGGAAGAGCUCAAAAUGGCACAUAAAAUGGAGCAUCACUCAUCUCUUGUGACGACAAAAGGAUUUGCUCAGUAUGAACUCAUUAGAGCUGCUGCAAUAGAGGACACAAUUGUAGAAUCUGAAAGCAAUAUAUAUGUUGAUAUUACGUGGAAUACUGUAGAUAAGAUUCUGGAGACACCCCCGCUAAUUUCAGCUGCCACACUGAAUAUUGCACUGGAGUCUGGGGACCCCAGAAGUCCUGUAUAUCAGCUAUAUAGAGAACUGCAGUUUCUCCUUGCUUUGGCCGAAGGUUUGAAGACAGGCGUGACUGAGUGGCCUGAGCCCUUAGAGUCUGACUCCGCGGUUGAACUGGUCCAGGAAUUUCUGACUGAUUUAAAGAAGAAACUGGAUGGAUAUUGUAUAUCUGGAAACAGUAAUGAAACAGAGGUAUAUAAAAUCAAAUGUGACACUGCUGCAGUGGACAGUUCAAUAAAAUCAAUCUUCAGUGAGCGAGGAGACCUGGAUUUUGCUGAACAGUUAUGGUGCAAAAUGAGAAGUAAGUGUGUCACUUCCUAUCAGGAGUUGAUAGAGUGUUUCACACUGAUCAUAAAAUCCUUGGAACGUGGUGAGAUACAGCCAUGGAUUCAUCAAGGGAGUAGCAGUUUGCUAAGUAAAUUGAUUCAACAGUCUUAUCACGGAAAGAUAGAGGUCGUUUCCCUCAGUGGCAUCACUCCAAUUCAAAUGCUCUUGGAGAUCGGUUUGGAUAAGAUGAAGAAGGAUUAUGUCAGUUUUUUCAUAGGCCAGGAACUUGCAACAUUAACCUGCUUGGAUUACUUCAUUUCCACGUCAGUAGAUCUACAAGAGCAAGUUCAUCGUGUUCAAAAGCUCCACCAUAUGCUGGAAAUAAUGGUCAGCUGUACAGUCUUACUUCAGUUUAAACAUGAGAACCUCUUCCCCUUGACACAAAUUUGCAUGAAGUAUUAUAAGGAAAACCCUCUCAAUGAGAAGCAUGUGUUUCAACUUCCAAUCAGACCAGCACUUGUCAAGAAGUUCUAUCAAAAUGAUCACCCAGAAAUAUGGAAGGUGGACAUAAGUAGCGGGCAUGGACAGAAGGAGGUUAAAACAACAUGGCAAGUUAGUACUAAUCCUCCAGUGGAGCAUAUGACAUCAAACAACACAGGUCUCUUUUCCGAUUCCACAGUUAAUGGCAGCAGUGACGAAAGAAUGUAUUUUAUUACAAUGGCUAAGUGCAGUCAGGUGCAUUUCAUAUAGAGGCAUGUUACUCCACAGGCAGGCACUUGAAAGGUACAGUAAAGAGGAAAGUUCAGUAUUAUCUGUGUCCCAACGGUAUAUUUAGAAACACUCUGUGCUUUGAAGAACAGUACAUCUUACUGAGUUAUUUGCUUUGGUAUGCUUGAAGUGUGACAUACGCAGCCAUAAUUCAUCUGUACACAUCUAAUUUGUUUUUAAAUGUUGUGCAAUUAUGAAUGUAUAGUAUAAUUAUUUUGAAAAUAUAGAAGACGUUUUUGUUCGUAUAUUUACAAACAUUCAAUAAAGUUCUGCACUUUGGGGUUUUAAA